GUGAAUUAGCUCAAGAUUGUAGGGGGAGAGGAAAAAAGGAGGGGUGUGUGGUGAAUCGGUGUUUCGACGUUUAUGGGGAUGCGUUUGUACAUAGUGCAUGUAUAUUUUUUGUAUGGAUUUUUGUCAUUUCUUACCUCUGCCAUGCGCAACUGCAAUACACGGAAAAACCCCGAAUAAGAUACGUUUUGUUUUUGUACCCUUCUGUUUACGCACGGAGAAGCUUGCACAUUUAGAGCCAUAUUAAUAUAGCCAUAAAAUCGUUGCAAUGAUGCAUAUUUUUACCAAAUAAUCCGACACUGGGCUUUCCCCGGCGGGUCCCACCCGGAGGACUUACUGUUAUCUUGACUGAGCGCAUCGAAACUAAUAAUCCAGAGAUGGCACAGCUAUUGUUUCUGAUUAUUCUCUGUGCGCUUCCAUCUCUUGUUGUGCCGAUACAUAAUUCAUCAGCUGGAGGCUGUGCCAUCAUCCGGCCUCCCAGGGAUGGGGGGAUCCGCUACAGGGGCCUGACACAAGAACAGAUUCGCAGUGUGCAGAUCUUGCCUGUGGAUUAUGAGAUCGAGUACAUCUGCAGAGGAAAUCGAGUGAUCGUGGGACCCAAGGUCAGGAAGUGCUUACCCAAUGGCACAUGGACGGACAUGACGCAGCACAGCAGAUGCUUGCUGCUGUGCCCACGGGUGUGGACGUCUCUGGAGAACGGCCGUGUGAUGGCAAGGCCUCCUGGACCACCAGUAGAAGGGACGGUACUCCAUUACAACUGUCACGCCGGUUUCAUCCUGGAGGGCAGAAACAUCAGCCAUUGCACUAAACUGGGCAAAUGGGAUGCCCCUAAACCCACCUGCCUCUAUGACAGAAACUACACAGGCAAGAAGAAGCUGUACAUCGGAGCCCUGUUCCCCAUGAGCGGAGGCUGGCCCGGUGGUCAGGCGUGCAUGCCUUCCGCUCAGAUGGCACUGGACCUGGUGAACAACAGGACCGACAUCCUGCCUGACUACGAGCUGGAGCUCAUCCACUUCGACAGCAUGUGUGACCCAGGAGAAGCCACCAAGUUGCUGUAUGACCUUCUCUACACCGAGCCCAUCAAGAUCGUCCUGAUGCCUGGCUGCAGCAGCGUCUCCACGCUGGUGGCUGAAGCUGCUCGCAUGUGGAACCUCAUAGUGCUGUCCUAUGGCUCCAGCUCACCAGCCCUGUCCAACCGUCAGCGCUUCCCCACCUUCUUCCGCACGCACCCUUCAGCCACCCUCCACAACCCCACCAGGGUGCAGCUCUUUCAGAAGUGGAAGUGGACCCGCAUCGCCACUAUCCAGCAGACCACCGAAGUCUUCACCUCAACGCUGGACGAUCUGGAGCAGAGGGUGAAGGAAGCAGGCAUUGAGAUCAGUGUUCGCCAGAGUUUCCUCAGUGACCCGGGCGUCGCUGUCAAGAACCUCAAGCGCCAAGAUGCAAGGAUCAUUGUGGGGCUCUUUUAUGAAACUGAAGCCAGGAAGGUGUUUUGUGAGGUGUUCAAGGAAAAGCUAUACGGGAAGAAGUAUGUGUGGUUCCUUAUAGGCUGGUACGCAGACAACUGGUUUAAGAUCAAAGACCCAGCUAUCAAUUGUACAGUGGAGAACAUGACGGAGGCUGUGGAGGGACAUGUGACCACAGAGAUUGUCAUGCUGAAUCCUGAGACCGUCCGUGGUGUCUCCAACCUGACAUCGCAGGAGUUUAUUGCUUCCUUGAUGUCUCGUCUCGGAGGGAAGAACCCUGAGGAGACCGGUGGGUUUCAGGAGGCUCCUCUGGCCUAUGACGCAGUGUGGGCUCUGGCCCUUGCCCUCAAUAAGACGGUGGGGUCACUGAAGGCCAAGGGCCGACGUCUGGAGGACUUUAACUAUAACAACCAUGACAUCACCUCAGAGAUCUACAGGGCCCUCAACACAAGCUCUUUCGAAGGUGUUUCGGGUCAUGUAGUGUUUGACGCCCAGGGUUCCAGGAUGGCAAUGACUCUAAUCGAACAACUGCAAGGGGGCAGUUACAAGAAGAUUGGUUACUAUGACAUUUCUCAGAAGAACCUGUCCUGGUUUGGAAAUGAUGUUUGGAUUGGUGAUAGACCUCCAGCCGAUCGGACACUGGUGAAUGAAGAGUACAGGCUCUUGUCUCAGAAGCUGUUUGCAGCUGUGUCCGUCUUUGCCGGCCUCGGCAUCCUGCUGGGCAUCCUCUGUUUAACCUUCAACAUCUACAACGGCAACGUCCGUUACAUCCAGAACUCUCAGCCCUACCUGAACAACAUGACAGCUGUGGGCUGUAUGAUGGCUCUGGCUGCAGUGUUCCCGCUGGGAAUCGAUGGUCACCAUGUCCACAGAUCACAGUUCCCCGUCGUCUGCCAGUUCCGUCUGUGGCUCCUUGGCCUCGGCUUCAGCCUGGCAUAUGGCAGUAUGUUCACCAAGAUCUGGUGGGUCCACACCCUUUUCACAAAGAAGGACGAGAAGAAGGAGAAGAAGAAGCAACACUUGGAGCCAUGGAAACUCUACGCAACAGUUGGAGUGCUGCUGGCUAUCGACUUCUUGUCACUCAUGGUUUGGCAGAUUGUGGAUCCUCUGCACAUUACGGUGGAGAAGUUCACUAAGGAGGCCCCUAAAGAAGAUUUGGAUGUCCUGAUUCAGCCCUUGUUGGAGCACUGCAGCUCAGAGAAGAUGAACACGUGGCUUGGUGUGGUUUAUGGCUACAAGGGUCUGCUGCUGCUGCUGGGUAUAUUUCUGGCUUAUGAGACCAAGUCUGUCUCCACAGAAAAGAUCAAUGACCAUCGGGCAGUGGGGAUGGCUAUUUACAACGUUGCUGUGCUGUGCCUGAUCACGGCUCCAGUGACCAUGAUCCUGUCUUCGCAGCAGGAUGCCUCCUUUGCCUUUGCUUCUCUGGCAAUCGUCUUCUCUGCCUACAUCACACUGGUGGUGCUUUUCGUGCCCAAGAUGCGGCGUCUCAUCACCCGCGGUGAGUGGCAGUCGGAGCAGCAGGACACUCUGAAGACCGGCUCGUCCACCAACAACAAUGAUGAGGAGAAAUCCAGGCAGCUGGAGAGAGAGAACAGGGAGCUGCAGAAGAUCAUUCAGGAGAAAGAAGAGAGGGUCUCAGCGCUACGGAACCAGCUGGCUGAGCGGCAAGCUCUACGCAACCGCCGCCGACCCUCCACAGGACAGAAUCAGAACCACAAUGCCCCUCCGCCCUCAUCUCAACCAGAUCCUAAGUCUCUGCUUCCACCGCCUGGCUACCCCAACCCCAUCAUAGACAACCACUCCCUCCCAGCCUCCUUCUCCAACUCGUCCAGCCUCUACCCAACGGACAGCAAGAUGAGCCGCAACCACUGUCACAACAGCCAGAUCCCACUGCUGUAUAAAUAGGCGAGGCACAGGGGUGGGGAGACAGUCGCACAGCACACACAGGGAACACGAAACACAAUGAGACACUGUGACUUUCACUUGUUUGGGCGAUGGGCACAGAGGUGCGGUGACACUGUUUUAAAAUACAGCGCAGAAACAUAAUUACACGAGUGCUUUACAGGUUUGGGGAGAGUCUUGCAAAUAACACCCGAACUUUUGAUCUCACUGCGUCCCACCCAGCAACAAGGCGCUUGUGACUGGUCGACACAGCAACAAGCACAUCUGAGACUAGCAGCACUCGAGGUCUUUUCAAAGGGCAACUGAAUGGACAGAUCUCAUACUCAUUCCUCUCCUCAUUUGUUAUCUUGUUCUGUUGUGGAGGCACCGUGUCGAGGAUCUUAACAGGAAAUGUUUGUGUUUGUGUCUUGGCUAUAUUGUCUCCACCUUUUGUGUCUUGGGUUUGUUGACUAGACAAGCACAUACAGUGGUGAUUUAUAUUGUUCUGUAAUAUCUAAUGUUUUGCUAUGGAAUUGAUGUUAAAUUAUUUGUUUACAUUUCAGGAGAGUUGUGAAACUGACAUUUACAAAGGCACAAAGUGAUGUACAGUUUUUCCCGGUGUGUCCUUUGAAGAGUGGCUGAGCUUGACUGUAUAGAAAACUGUUUUGACUGAAAAGUGUUAUUGUGCAUUAUUAAAUAGCCAUAAUUUAGAUGGGCCCAGGAGCUUGGCAUGUAUGGACAUCUGUUGUCAGGACUGUGAAUUCAAGUACAGCACUGCAUCUUAAAAAGCCAGUCCUGUGCUGAUGCAUAUUAGACCCAACUGAAUACAGAAAAGCUUGCUGAUGUAGAAGAACAAUUCUGAUAGUUCUGCCAAUUGAAAUAAUGUUUCACAAUGUAAUUUUGACAUCUGUGUUGUAUCUGCUUAGCAGUAGAGUAGAAGCCAUCAAAUAAAUCUCUCAUCCUGCUUCUAAUGUGUCUUGCAGAUUUCACGGCCUGCUGCUGCAGCCACAGCUGACUCUUACAUUUAGUAGGUAAUAACACACAGGGAUAUACAAAUGAAAAACUGGAAACUCCUAAUUCCAGCUUGCCAAUUAGUCUAAUACUUUCUGCCUCCUGAAAAUCAAAGCCGAUAUAUACACUUUUACAGUUGCAGUGCGCUGCAGUGUGGGACUUCAGCUGUGGCUGUUUCUGUAGAUAUUCAGAGAAAUAUUCACAUAUUGUUUUUAUACUUGUGACUUUGUUACGCAUCAUUCUUGUGCGCCUUUUUAAUUUGAAAGGAUGCUUUUUUUAAUUUAUGUUUUCCCAUAACAGAUCUGGAUGGAUGCUUUUCUUUUUUGUAUGUUGCUUUCCAGUUUUGCCUUUGAAUAACAGUUGUAAAUGUUUCAAAGAAGGACAUAAGUAAUGUGAUAUACUGUAUUUAUUCCACAGUUAAACUGGAUGUACUAUUUCAUUCAUGAGUAAUUCCAGAUUUUAUAAAGCAAAGAUCUCUGAACAUCUUUAUCAGCUUAAAUAAUACUAUCAAAUAUUUUUAAAUGCAUAUAUUCCAGUGUGCACUUUAACCUAAACAAGCUAUGGUUAUUCCACUUUAUGUUGCUGUUAUUCUAGGACAUGUUUAGCUCAGGGUAUGAGAAGGACAGUCAUUAGUGAAUGAAAUAGGUCAUAUGCAUUAACUGUGCAGUACCUGGGUCAGAUAGUGUAACAUAUGAAUGCAGAAAUCAUUUAGGAAAUACUUUAUUAUAUUGCACAUAUAUGACAAUAUAUAGGGUUUGGGGGAUAUUUGUAUUCACUAUACCUAUGAUAUUAAAUGUUAAUAUAUUUCAGAAUGUGUAUGCAAAUAUAUGGUUA